AAGGGCAGUGGGAUGAAUUGAGCUUUUCUUUUCCUCAGCCUGUGGCCUGACCUUACCCCUACCCUACCCCCACCUUGACUCCUAGCCAAGUCCUGUGCCUCAUUUUGAUGCCCUGGCUCUCUGGCUGCCAAGAAGACAAUGUUCAGUAACAAUGAUCUAGAACAGUGCCGUGCCAUGCCUACUUAGGUUAAUGCCCUGGUCCGUUUCGUGGCAGCUUAGGACCGGGAUCUUCUAUUGCCGUUACUCCGGUCCUGAAGAAGAGAUCAUUAGGUCUUGUUCCGUUGCCCUCUCGGGCAGAUACGCUGCCAUGGGACUGCCCCACUUGCUGUCUGAGACCUGGAUCUGAGCGGCAGAGGCUGCCAGGGGAUUACUGAAAACGGCUCCAGAUGAGGACACGGCCCCCAGGGAGCAGGAAUGGGCAGAGGGGCAGCUGAACCCCGGCCAGCACUGCUGGGAAGAAGACCGAGAAGAGAGUGGAGGGGCGUUCAACCCACUUGCCAAUAACCGGGGGAGCCCGCAGCAGCUGGCUUGCAGCUGUUUGGUUCCUGGGAGCCAGGCAUCUGGAAUGAACGCUGUGUAGUCUCUCAGGCAGCCAGGGCAAAGGAGUUUGCAGCCCCAGAGGUGGGAGGCUUCGGUGGAAGUUGUGAGAUAGCAUGGAAUGUCAGCACCCUCCACUGCGUGGCCUUGAAAGCAUGUCAGCUUGCUGAGAUUUUGGUUUUUUUUUUGGUAUUUCUUUUUGUUUUUCCCUUUUCCUAAGAAUCAAGGCCCUCCUGGUGCUGCCCUCUCCUUGUCCAGAAGGAGCAGAAUCAAGUGAAGCCAGGGGCUGCAUCUCUGGCUCUCCAAGGCCUCUCUGAACCCUUCUCCCCACACUCAUCCCACGGGUUGCGCUUUCUCUUCUGGUUGGAAUCCUUGGUUUCCCCAGGGGGACAGAGCCAGCUCCCCUGCAGCAGGGGAGGGAGGGACAGCCUCAGAGUCUGCCCAUGAGCCACAAGGACCCCGGCUGCCCCAGACCGGACUAUUCCAAAUCACCAAAGAGGAGGUUUCCCAGAGCUGGUACCCAGCGAUCCCCAGGGACUAGAGGGCUAGAAUGGACUGACCUCCCCCUUGGUGGGGGGGCCGGAGAAGCACAGCCCCUGUGGCCCAGCUAGUUGCAGGUCCAGACGAAGCCGCCAUCGGAGUCUCCACCAGCUGCAGAGGAAGCCACGAUUGCCUGCUUUGUUUUCUCUCACCUUUGAGGGAGAGAACGGGGUCCCCCCAUCGGUCUCCCCUUCCUUAGCACGGCUCAGGCCUCUAUGCUCUUUCUCUGUGGAGCCAGACCAGGUGGGCAGCACUGGGGCCAGCUGGUGAAGGAGGGACCCCGGUGACCCCUGCCCCAGCAGGGGGUCCCGUCCCCCUAGGCCAAGCCAUGAAGUGCUCCCUGCGGUUCUGGUUUCUCUCCACGGCCUUCCUGCUGGUGUUUGUCAUGUCUCUCCUCUUCACCUACUCCCACCACAGCAUGGCCACCCUGCCCUACCUGGACUCUGGAGGCCUUGGUGGCACGCACCGGGUCAAACUGGUACCAAGUUACGCGGGCCUGCAGCACCUCAACAAGGGGGGCCUCCUGAGCAAGAGCUGCACCUGCCGCCGCUGCAUGGGGGACACGGGGGCUUCCGACUGGUUUGACAGUCACUACGAUGGCAACAUUUCUCCUGUCUGGACCAAAGAGAACAUGGAUCUUCCCCUAGAUGUCCAGCGGUGGUGGAUGAUGCUGCAACCCCAGUUCAAAUCCCACAACACCAAUGAGGUGCUGGAGAAGCUGUUCCAGAUUGUGCCAGGGGAGAACCCCUACCGCUUCCGGGACCCCCACAAGUGCCGGCGCUGUGCUGUGGUCGGAAACUCAGGCAAUCUGCGUGGCUCUGGCUAUGGGAGGGACGUCGAUGGACACAACUUUAUCAUGAGGAUGAACCAAGCCCCAACAGUGGGCUUUGAGCAAGAUGUUGGCAGCCGGACCACCCAUCACUUCAUGUACCCAGAGAGUGCCAAGAACCUGCCUGCCAAUGUUAGCUUUGUGUUGGUCCCCUUCAAGGCCCUGGACUUGCUGUGGAUUGCCAGUGCCCUGUCCACAGGACAGAUCCGAUUCACCUAUGCCCCUGUGAAAUCCUUCCUCCGAGUGGACAAGGAAAAGGUCCAGAUCUACAACCCAGCCUUCUUCAAGUAUAUUCAUGACAGGUGGACAGAGCAUCAUGGACGCUAUCCUUCCACGGGCAUGCUAGUGCUCUUUUUUGCUCUACAUGUGUGUGAUGAGGUGAACGUCUAUGGGUUCGGGGCAGACAGUCGAGGCAACUGGCACCAUUACUGGGAGAAUAACCGCUAUGCCGGGGAAUUCCGGAAGACGGGAGUACACGAUGCAGACUUUGAAGCCCACAUCAUUGACAUGCUGGCCAAGGCCAGCAAGAUUGAGGUCUAUCGGGGCAACUGAGCCCUGGCCACCCAACUGUACCUUUCUGCUGCUGUGGCCAGAGGCACAAGGGACCCACGGCUCUCUCUCUUGCUCCAGCCUGGAGGCCACUCACAGGGCACCUGCUUUGUCCCAGAGGAGUGUUGAAGUUUCCUAGUCAAUCAUGAGCGGCUCCACUUGGAGUCUGUGAAACCAAUCAGGAGCAUUUGUCUUCCCUCCCCCCAACCGAUUAUGAGAAGUCUGGAGAAAGGCGGACUUCUGGUCCCAAUCACAGGGUGAUGGAGUGGAGGCUUUUGUUCUCCAAACCAAUCAUGAAGGACUCACAGGUGAAUCCAAUGCCUGGGACCGAUGAUUGCUGUGACCCAGGGGCUCUGGCAGAGGAAAAUAACCUUCAGAGUUGAGCCAGUGGCUACUUUCCCCUCCUAUACUUUUUGGAUAGGGGUAUUUUUUUUUUUUUUGGUGUGGAAUUAUUAUUAUUUUAAAAAUAAGGCAAACUGGUUGGUUUAAACAAUCCCUGUGCCAGAAGCUGCAGCGGGCAGUCCCCUGAGAGUAGAAAGCAGCAUCCCUAUUUCUGGAGGCCCUUCUUAGCCACAGAGGAGAAGGUUGGGGGGUUUACUUCCUAGCCCACCCAACCAUCUUGGACAAGGACACUUCUCCCAUUUGCUGUUACCCUCUUCUGGCCUCUUUGGGGAGGAAGGGAGAGGAAAGGAUCACCUCAAAGCUUUCCACAUCCUUUCAGACAUUAUCCAAUGGUUUAGGGAAAGAUGGCGCUCUGGCCUCUUGUGCUUGUGGGUAGCUUUGACCAAGAAAUCAAGCAGGAGCCCCCCACAGCUCUCUAGGCACAUACCCACAGUUGAUCCAGGAUAUUUCCUUUCUUUCCUCAGGGCUGGAGGGUAGAGUAGACCCCACUGAAGCAAAAUGCAAUCAUAGUGGGAACCCUGAGCCGAGGGGGCUACGGGUUGCCCUCAUUCUGAUUCUUCCAUCUCAACCUCCUCAACCCUUGGAUCAGCACUUAACUGCCUCCCUAUGGGAGAGACUUAGCUGGAGCUCCCAACUUCUCAUUUGGGAAGUCAGCCCUUCCUUGGGGGCUGGCAAUGGAGAGAUCCUAGAGCAGGAGGUGCAAGCAUCCUGGCCCUGGGCACUGGGGGGAAUCCCAGGCACCUCAAAUCCAAUAGGCCUUCAAUUCACAAUCACUUCAGCCCCUCCUGUUCCCCUUCUUGGCCCUUGGCCCCCCCUCUUCUGUACCCUGCUCCAAGGAGAAGCCCCGAGGCAGAGAAAUCUCCGGGGAUGGAAACCCCACUGUUUCUGUACUCCGACUAUCUCUGGGGAGCUACCCUUCCAGAAAAUUCUAGCUAAGGGAUUCUUACUACUCACCAGCUUGGUGCAUGCAUUUCUUCCCACUUCUCUCCACCGUGCCAGGCGGGGGCGGGAAGCCUGUUGGCUUGGGGGGUGCGGAAUCUGCUUCCAUUUCACCGAGUCACUAACCUGAAGCUGCCAGCCUUGGCUUGGGCACCAAAGGAGGAGGGGGUGCUUUGUUUUGUUUUGUUUUUUCAUUUUGUUUUAAGCUAGCCAUGCAACUUAGCCAGGAGCCUUGCUGGGGAGGGGGGGGCCUGCCCCCACUGCAUGCCUCCUCCCCUUCAUCCCUUCUCUUGGGGUCUCCACCCACCCCCUGCCCAUUUCAGCUCUGGAAGGGGCAGCCAAGGGUCACAUUUUUUAAUAUCUGCU